CAUAUGUUUUCAUUUCCACAUUGCUUCCACAUUUUCCUUGGUUCUUAGCUUUCCACCUUAUUCUUUAAAUCAAACCCCAACUUUCUUGAGCCUUUACAUCCCCAGGAUUCAAGAAUCUCCAUCUUAAGUCCGCGAGAGGGAUCGCAUUGUUCGACCAACCUUGUCGCAUCUAUCUCUCUCUCUCUCUCUCUCUGUAAGAAUGAAGAGCAACAACACCAGCAACACGAAGCUCAUCCUCCUCCACCCUUACAUCCAAAAGCAAGGCGGCUCAAACCGGCUAUGGCUCCUUGCCCUCGUCUCCUUCUUCACGCUAGCCUUCCUCGGAACGCUAAUCUACUCCCGGGAAUCCAUCGUUGCCGGCGCGGCCUCACGAGUCACCUCAAUUAACAACCCGGCCGGCUCCUCCACCGCCACCACCAAUGCGCCCUUGCCGACCACAGUCAUCAACACCCUCAUCCACUAUGCCUCGAGAUCGAACGACACCUACCACAUGUCCCACAAGGACAUCAAGCUCAUAUCGGACGUGCUCCGGAAGUGUGCCACCCCGUGCAACCUCCUUGUCUUUGGCCUCACCCACGAGACCCUCCUGUGGAAGGCCCUAAACCACGGUGGUCGCACAGUGUUCGUUGACGAGAACCGGUACUAUGCGGCCUAUGUCGAGGAGCGUCACCCGGAGAUCGAUGCAUACGACGUACAGUACACGACAAAGAUGAGCGAGAUGAAGGAACUGAUUGCGUCGGCCAAGGAGCAGGUCCGGGGCGAGUGCCGGCCCGUGCAGAACCUGCUCUUCUCAGAGUGCAGGCUUGGGAUCAACGACCUCCCGAACCAUGUGUACGAGGUCAGCUGGGAUGUGAUCCUGGUCGACGGGCCACGCGGGGACUGGCCAGAGGCGCCCGGGAGGAUGUCGGCAAUAUUCACGGCGGCAGUGCUCGCGCGGAGCAAGAAGGGCGGAAACCCGAAGACCCACGUCAUCCUGCACGACUAUUAUAGGAAUGUGGAGAAGGUCUGCGGGGACGAGUUCUUGUGCAGAGAGAACAGGGUUGAGUCAACGGACAUGAUUGGCCAUUUCGUGCUGGAGAGGAUGGACACCAAUAGCUUCCAGUUCUGUGGCCACAAUCGGACAGCUUCAUAGACUCCUUCAUCGUCCUCAAUUUUACAAAAAAGGGCAAAAGAACAAAAGAAAAGUAAGGUCGUCGUCUUAGUCUUUCUUUGCCAUCAUCAUUCAUGAAGCAUAGCCACAGACUAGUCAUUUGUUUGGUGCCGUCCACAGAGAGAGAGCAGAUGCAAAGGCAAAGCUGGCUAUUUAUCCUCAUUUCAUUGUAUGAAAACUUAGACAUUUUGGGGUUUUCUUUUUGCCUUUUCCACUUGUGGAUUCUGGGAAUAACGAAACCUUCAUCCUACGCGAAUUGUAAUCUCUCGUCAAAGAAAUUUCGUAUUGUAAA